CAACAAAGAAUAGUUCAAACUUUAUCUUAAUUGUUGAACGUUAAACUAUUUAAAAUACUUCACACUUUUAAUUUAUAAUUGGGAAUCCUGCUCCAUAAAUGAUGAAAUGUCCAGAGUCGUUUUGUUUUCCUGUAUCUUCUGACGUCACCUCUUCAUCAUCCACAGGGGAAAAAAAAUAAUGCCUGGAUUUCCUGGCACUGGAUUAUGACAUAACGCGUCAAUCACCUCCUCUUGGCUGCGCUGUGAAUUUGAUGAGUAAUGAGGAUUUAGCUGCAUAAUCCUCACAUCUGUUACCUAAUCGUUUCUACUUCUCUCUCUUGUCUGUGUUUUACUUUAUCCCUGUGCAUUUGCUGCCAUGCCUGCCUUCGCGUCUGCUCAUGCAUUUGCUUCUCGGUCAUGUCUGCGAUUCUGCGUCAUGUAUGUUUACUCCGUGUGCGUGUCUGGCCUCUGUGUGUGCCUGUGUGUUUGUGCGGCCGUGUGCGUGUUGUUGUUUGCGUCGGAUGUUUCUCUAGGUGAGCUCACCCCUCCGCACGAGCACAGCUGCCUGAGCGACGAGGACAAGGUGCAGGGCGGCGGAGCACAGACCAAAGACCGGGGGACCUCCACUGACGGCCCCUGCAGACACGGCUCCGGACACUCGCACGGCUCGUCUACGGCAGCGGUGACACGCUCCAAACUUCAGGAGAAGCCACCAGCUCCCCCACCACCGCAGAACUACACACCAGCUCCUCUGUAUCCAGCAGGGAAGGUAGAUGGAAGUGGGACCCACCGGGAGAGGAUCCGCUACCACACGGACGUUCAUGUGGAGCCUACAGAGGAGAUCUAUCUGACUCCUGUGCAGCGUUCUGCCGACCCCCUCGAACCCCCCAUCGCUCAGGACCGGCCUUAUCUCUCCCAGCAGACUGAGCAGGGCCGUAUGUCCAUCAGCUCCGACACUGAGGGCCCGCCUCCGUACCAGCCCCUCCCAGAUCGGACAAACCCCUCCAUCUACGAGGAGGAAGAGGUCUACGUCCCCCCACCCUCAUAUGCUUCCUGCGUAGAGUCCCUCAUCACGCCGCCCAGCAUGGCUCUCUCAGCUCGCUCCUCCCUCGCUCUGGACCUCAGCUUGAAGGGGGCAGGAACGGGGGCCGGGGCCGUACUGAGAGCAGGGUCAUCGGUGGAAUAUGUGGACGCCACAGAUGAAAGCUACUGCGGAGAGGACGAGGAUGUGGACAGGAUAAUAAUGGACGGACGAAUGAGGAAGGGCGUAGGAAAAGGCAGUGGCGGCAGAUCCGCCCCGCAAAGGACUUCCAUGAACUCGGAGGCCAGCGGCCUUUCGUAUGACUCAGUCAAAUACACGCUGGUGGUGGAUGAGCACGCUCAGCUCGAGCUGGUCAGUCUCCGUCAGUGUUACCAAGGGUACAGUGACGACAGCGACACGGCCACCAUCUACGACAACUGCGUCUCCUCGCCCUACGAGUCGGCCAUCGGGGAGGAGUAUGAGGAGGAUGAGGAGGACGAGGACGGGGCUCGGACAGGAGGAGUCAGGAGAGAGGCCACAGCUUGUCUGUCUGAAGACUCCACUCCAGAGGCCGACCUGCACUUCUCCAAGAAGUUCCUCAAUGUCUUCAUGAACGGACGCUCCAGCUCCUCCAGUGUUGAAGGUGCAGAGUCCUUUGGUUUAUACUCAUGUGUCAUAAACGGUGAGGAGAAGGACCAGAGCCACAGAGCCGUCUACAGAUUUGUCCCUCGACACGACGACGAGUUGGAGCUGGAGGUGGACGACCCGUUGCUGGUGGAGGUCCAGGCGGAGGAUUACUGGUACGAGGGCUACAACAUGCGAACGGGAGCCCGUGGGAUCUUCCCGGCUUACUAUGCUAUAGAAGUGACCAAGGACACAGAGAGCUACAAAGGAACUGAAGUGAAGAGCAGUGAGUGGAUGGACAGAUACCGGCUGAAGUUCCUGGGCUCGGUCCAAGUCCCGUACCACAAAGGAAAUGAUGUUCUGUGUGCCGCCAUGCAGAAGAUUGCCACCAACAGAAGGAUGACCGUCAAGUACAACCCACCGUCCUCCUGCAUCCUGGAGAUCAGCGUGAAAGGCGUCAAACUCGCGGUUCAAGAGGAUUUUUACGCUUGUGACAGAAGUAACGAGUGCAGUCACUUCUUCCAGUUAAAGAACGUCUCCUUCUGCGGCUAUCACCCCAAAAACAGCAAGUAUUUCGGUUUCAUCACAAAACAUCCAGCAGACCAGAGAUUUGCCUGCCAUGUGUUUGUGUCUGAAAACUCCACCAAACCCCUGGCAGAGUCAGUGGGGAAAGCCUUCCAGUUGUACUAUAAAGAAUUUGUGGAGUUAUCGUGCCCGACAGAGGACAUCUACUUGGAAUAGCACUGCCCUGCCUUCAGCCACAGCUCUGUACAUUACCCUGUAUCAUACCUUAACGUUGCAUGAGGGACAGAAAUAAUCUAAUUUAAGAUAAAUAAAAAUUACUGACCAACGAGCAGGAAAAAGAAGGAUGUAUUGGAGCAGUGGUGAAACCUUUGUGCAGCACGGAGGGGAGACAAACGGGACUUUUUGAGAAAAUGAAAUAUGCAAGAUGGAGUCGGUGAUGAGAUGAGCGAUCACAGGCUGCACAUGGAAAGCACAAACACACGGCAGCGCUAGUUAGCGUGUAGCAUUGUCCCGGCAGGUGUGACGCUGAAAGCCCAGGAGAGAGAACAACAGCAUUGGAGCUUUGGUGAGAAAACGACGGCUGCUUUGACUGCAAAUAUUUACAGUCUAAAACUGAGGGACGUGUGCAUUUACUGAACAUCCUCACACUGUGCUGUCGGAACACUUUAUCCUUUUAGCAUUCCUGAUAUAAAGAGGUGAUUCAUGUUGUUCUAAAUUCCACCUGAUCCACGAUGUUUAAAAAAAAAAAAACAUGCCGUAGGUGAUGUUCUUUGCAUUUGUGGGUCCUCUCAGAUCUUUGUUAGCCCUUGAAAGUUGCUCAGGUGACACAGAUGAAAAGCUAAUCUGCUGCCGGUCAAAUGUCGAAAUUCCUUAAAAGUAAAAACAGAUGAGGUUUCUACACUGAAUCGGAAAAAUCUCCCGAAAUGCACUGAGCAUCACCUGUGAUUUAAAAAGGUGGAUUUUACUUUCACCCCUCUCAGCAGCUUCUAUUGAUACGCUCGUGCUCUAAGAUGAAGUGCUAAGAUAAAGAGACCCCCACGAUUUUCCCAGUAAGCCUGAAUUUCUAGUCUAAUGCGAGAUGCACUGAUUCUUUACCGUGUGUUCUAAUACGGUAUGAAAUCAGUGACGAGGAUGUUUAACAACAAAAAAGAGCCCAACCAAUAUUCUGAUAUUCUGAUAUUAGGGGUUAAAAACUUUCCGACACCGAUAUAUCAAACCGUUUAUAUAUGUUUGUUUUCAUCAAACCUUCAUAAAUUAAUAGUUAAUGUUACAGCUUAAAGUUUAUUUUAAGUAAUAAAUACAAAUAAAUCACAGAUAUAUAUCUUUUCUGCAUUAUUAAUUCUGGAUUCUUAAGUUUUUGCCUUUUCAGCAAACGUAAAACACAGAUGCUGAUAUAUCGGUGAAAUGCUCAUACGGGCCCAUUUCUACAUCUGGGUACGUUGUCGGUUUAGAAGACGUGCACGGAUACAUGGAACAUCCUGUGUGUGCCGCGCUGGAAUCUUUCUCCCCGUACGUCAGAAAUAAGAAAUGCUCUCUGGCGUCCUCAGAUCUUCACGAGUAGUGCCUCUUUCUCAUCGCAUCAUUUCCACCUCGCUCACUGACCAUUAUCACAACAUUUUAAGGGAUUGCCAUUGAGUGUGAGUUGAAUUUAAGAGUUUGAAUGCAGACUGAAUUGCAGGAGUAUGUUUUGCACUUUUUUCCUCCACUGACUGAACUGUACCUGAGCUGUUUUCUCUUUAUUUUUCUUGCCAUAUUAGGCUUAGACCAUGUAGCGUAAAAUGAAACUGAGCUCAUACAGAGCCUGAUGUCUGAGAGUAAUACGUUAAACAGAGAAGACCCAGAGAUCCAGGCUAAACUGGCUUAAUAAACAAGGAAACAGCUAAAAGUUUCAUUGAAUUGAUGAUUGACAGAAAAAUGACUUGAUAAAAGUAGAACUAGUUCCAUUAAAUAUGCUGUUUCAACAAGAUCCAUUAAUUAUUCACUAAAAAGUCAAACCAAUAUAUUUGUUUAGUUAUAUUUUACCUGAGUUAAAAUUUAAUACAUAACCCACUAUAAAGUUCCCAUUGAUUGAAUAAAUCACGACCCUUCACCCUGCUUUAAAGCAGCAAGUUAUUGAUUAAACGUAACUUUUGAGAAUCGUUAACUCAUGAAACAGAUCAAGUUUGAUAAGAACCACCUAAAAGGACAGAAACACUUUUGAUAUUUCCGGUCAGAGAGCUGACAAAGGAUUUCAAUGUCUUUCGGAAUCAUUGUGGUGCAGCACAGGUACAGAUGCUCUGCGGUGAGAAACAAACUGAAAAUGUGUCUCCUGCAUCUUUUAUGUUUGUCCUUUAAAAAAAAAAGAAGAAGAGUUAUUUCUAAUCCCUGGCAUCGCAUCAACAUAUCAAUACUGACUUUUAUAUGGAGUUCCCUUCUCAAGAGCCAAUCAGGUGGACCGUAGGAAUAAUGUACUGUAGUGUGUGGGG